AUGUCAUCCUCAUCCUCCUCGCACACAAAUGACGCCAACGUUUCCCCUACCGCCCUCACCCAUCAAGCUGCUCCUGAUUCAUCCAACCCUCUAGCAUACAGUAACAGUAGCGUCAAAAACCUCAGCUGUCUCCAGUGUCGCAAACGCAAAACUCGAUGUGAUAAAAAGUAUCCUUGUUCGCCGUGCGUCAUCCGCGGUGAUGCCUCCUCUUGCACACAGGUGCAGCAAACCAUCGCAUCCAUCACCACCUCAUCCUUAGGCGCUCCCGUCUCUCCUAAUCGCGAAACCGCUCCACUGCUGCAUCGCGCCUCCUUUUCUGACACUCGUGGACCCGAUGUAAGCGCUUCGGGUAUUGCCAUGGCGCCGCCUGCCAACUCUUCUUCAGGCUCGUUCAAACUCGAACCACAAGAGUCCUCUUUUAUGCCGGACCGAUACAUUGGCUUGGAAGCUGAACGUCUCUACCGUUUAGAAGCACGAAUGGAUCGCAUGGAACGCCACAUUAUGAGCAAACAUCUCCAACGCUCUGACGCUCACUUUGCAUCCACCUCGAUCCCAGGUGCCUCCGCGGACGAUGCUCUAUCAACCCUCGAUCGUGUCGACUCGUCGCAAGAGCUCCCCGUUGGUCAAGACAUUCAGGAUCUCUUUGAAGAUGCUGCUAUGGGACGUAAACACAAGCUCAAGAGCCUUCCUCUGGGCGGCGCUGCAGCCGCCGCCGUCGACAUGGAAAUAAAGGAUCCCGAGACAGACGAAGAGCAGAUGCUCGAUCAGCGUUCCGCUGAUUCUUCUGCCGAUAUCGCUUUCCGUUUCGCACAGUUUCUACCAUCCAAAAGCGCUCUUCUUCUGGAUUUUUACUUUUCCCACGUCGACUGGACGACCCGCGUCUUGCCUCCCGAGAGCCACGAAGACUUCUUGCGCAUCUCCAAGCUCCAGCCAGACCAGCUGGCUGCAUUCCCCUCGAGCGCUCUCGUUUGCUGCUACUUUGUCGUCAUGGCGCUUGCUCUCCAUUUCUCCGAUCCACUGCUGCUAACAAGGAUCGGCUUCUCAAAGAAAAAAGCCUCUCGCCUAGCUGAUACCCUCUGUACCGGCAGUCAACAGCUGCUCUGGUCCUCCAACUUUCUUCAAUCCCAACAGCUCGAACAUCUCGCCUGUAUCUGUCUGCUCGGCGUGUAUCAGCACAAUCGCAAAGAGCAGGCCGAGGGUCAGUGGGCGCUUCUCGGCUCUGCUAUCAAGGUCGCUCAAAACGUUGGUCUUGCACGUCUCGAUCACGGUGGCGCCUCCCGCAAGCCUUUUGGUAGCAUCAGCAACGAAGCGCGUCGCGAGCUUGGUCGACGCAUCUGGUGGAACUUGACCUGGCUUGACUGGUCGCAUGCAGUCGCUCACUUUGGCGUCUACUCGGUCCAUCCUUCGCAGAACCGUACCAACCUACCUGCCAACGUUGAAAUUCAUAGAGAUAGCCUCACCAUCCACUCCCCAGACGUUUACACGCAUUCGUCGGCCGUUACCAUGCGCAUGCGCUACGUCAUUAUCUACCGCGAGAUUGUCGACGUCUCCAACGAAGGUCCUAAACUCUCUCGUGCCCAGAUUCACCGCUUCGUCAGCAAGCUCAACGAGGUACACGACUCGACCCCGGCCUGUCUGCGCUACUCGCCCGAUCGCACUUUCGACAAGCCCGACCAGGCCAUGGAGUCGGUCAUGCUCGAGCUCAUGUAUCUCAAUCGUAUCCUUCGACUGCAUCGCGUCCAUCAGCUUUCAGGCUUCACCGAUGACGAGUGGCGUUUCGCGCGCAAGGCAUGCCUUUCUUCGGCCAGCUGCAUCAUCCGCAUCUUGUCACUGCAGCAAGACAGUGUGAUCCACAAGUUUUGGCUCGUCAGCUUCUUCCUUCUUGGUGCCUCGAUGGCGCUCGUGAUGGAGCUAUGUUGUGCACGCCAAGACGACCUUGACGCCGUCUCGGUGCGUGCAAGCCUGUCGACCGCCGUCUCGCUCCUCUCAAAAGCCGGGCCAGGAAGCGAAGCUGCGCGGAAUUCGCGGCGUAUCCUCAAAGAGCUGCUUAGCGCCGAAAAUAAGAUUCGCAACGCAUUCGCUCGCCUAGGUGGACUCGAGAGGAUCGCAGAAGAGAGGCUGGAUACGAGCGGCACAAAGGACGUGUUUCUCGAUGUACUUCAAAAGGUGUUUAGCGGUAUUUCAAGAUGCAAACGCAAACGCGAGCUUGACGAGCCUCCUCUUGUUGCACAAACCGCCAAACGCCGUAUAGGAACGAGCGAUGCUGCGACGCAAAUGCGGGAGUCGAAUGCCGCGUCGGCGGGUGGCGGAGGCGAUGGAAGCAAGACACGCGUUACCAAUGGACAUGCUGGCAGCGAUCUAGUUCGUGGUAUGGAAGAAUCGUACAGCUGGUUGGACUCGAACAACUUUUCACGCAUCACGAGCGAUGCUUGUGGGCAGCCAGUCGAGGCAUUGUCGGUGGGUGAUGGGACGGUAGCAUCGAACGAAAGCGACUGGCAAGGCGAUCAGACACUGUUUCCUUCCCUGGAUGGGAUCUUGUCAGGAGCUCUUUCGAUCGAUGAAUGGCUUGGGUCGUCGUAUCCGUUUGAUCAUCUAUGA